CGGCGGCGGCUGAGGUGGGGCGUCGCGGGCCGGCGGUGUAAGGCGGCUCCGCCAGCGCCGCUGCCGCCCAUCCCCCCUGCCCGCCCCGCAGGAAGCCAGCGCGCCGGCCUGUCGCGGCCUCUCUGGACGCGCAGCACGUCUCAAGAUGGCAGAAUUAUUUAUGGAAUGUGAAGAGGAGGAGCUAGAACCAUGGCAAAAGAGAGUGAAAGAAGUGGAGGAGGAUGAUGAUGAUGAUGAGCCAAUCUUUGUUGGGGAAAUCUCAGGCUCGAAGCCAGCUAGUACAUAUAUAUUGAACAGAGUCAACCUCAGCUCAUCACGAAGGGGGAUACAGAAUGGUGCACCCAGUAGAGGUACUGUUACUACAUUCAAGCCUGACAGUCACCAUUUUGCAACACCUGACUCCAGCCCCAGUGCCAUGCCUGUUUCAUCAGUCUAUCAGUCUGUAUCCAGACCUACAACUAGCUCUGUAGCAGUUCAGCCAUUGUCUAUACCAGUGAAUGUUUCAGGAACUUCACAAACACUGCAGAGACCACUUGCUGGAUCUUUGUCAACACAGCAGAUGCCUGGGUCAAGUUCUGGAAUAUCACAGCCUGUUAACAGACCUGUAAGCGUUCCAGUGACAACACAGCCAGUAUCAAGAAAUAUCACGGUUCCUGUAGUGGCUCAACCUGUAUCCAGGCCAGUGACUACUGUAACAGCACAGCCUGUACUACUCAAUCAGGAUUAUAUUAUGGAUUCUCCACCAGCUGCACCAGAUAAUACAUCUGGUAUACUGUUUGGUGUGAGACAGAACUCGGGAGUUCUACAGUACCAGACUGGGCCAGCAGUGAAUGUAACAGGUCUGAAUGAGAGUAUGUUUGUAUCUAAGCGUCCUGCUACUUCUGAAGGCAACAGUGUAACUCCAAAAAAGGCCAAGCCUAAUGAGGUUGGUGCUGGAAGCAGUUCAGAUGUUUCACCUACAGUUAACUCUCCAACAGUAACACCAUCACAAAAUGUAUCUUCAAAAGGUGCAAAUGUUGCAUCAAGCACCAUUAAAAAUGGAGGACCUUUUCCACGAGCUUGUCCAAAGUGCAAUAUUCAUUUCAAUCUUAUGGAUCCUCUAAAAAAUCAUAUGAAGUAUUGUUGUCCAGAUAUGGUAAAUAACUUUUUCCUGGGAAUGGCCAAAACAGAAUGUUCGAGCACAACAAGCAAGACUGCUGAAUCUGAGAAAGGAAAAUUGAUUAUGUUAGUUAAUGACUUCUAUUAUGGGAAACAUGAAGGUGACACCCAGCAGGUACAACAGGAGCAGAAGACUCAUACGACAUUUAAGUGCUUCAGUUGUCUGAAAGUUCUUAAAAAUAACAUAAGGUUUAUGAACCACAUGAAACAUCACUUGGAGCUUGAGAAGCAGAGCAGUGAAAGUUGGGAAAGCCACACCACCUGCCAGCACUGUUACCGUCAGUUUCCCACCCCAUUCCAGCUGCAGUGCCAUAUUGAAAGUACACACACACCUUAUGAGUCAUCUACGAUUUGUAAAAUCUGUGAAUUAUCCUUUGAAUCAGAGCAAGUUCUUUUACAACAUAUGAAGGACAAUCAUAAGCCAGGUGAAAUGCCGUAUGUUUGCCAGGUAUGCAACUACAGAUCAUCAGCUUUUUCAGAUGUAGAAACACAUUUUAGAACAGUUCAUGAAAACACAAAACAUUUGCUAUGCCCAUUUUGCCUCAAAGUAAUCAAAAUUGGAGCACCAUAUAUGCAUCAUUACAUGAGGCAUCAGAAAAAAGGAAUAUACCGUUGCACUAAGUGCAGACUGCAAUUUUUGACAUGCAAAGAAAAAAUGGAUCACAAGACUCAGCAUCACCGAACAUUUAGGAAACCAAAACAGUUAGAAGGAUUGCCUCCUGGAACAAAGGUGACUAUUCGAGCAUCUGUUGGAUCUCUUCAAUCAGGAUCAUCAGCUACAUCUUCUAUUAGUACAAGUACUUCCACAUUUCAGUUAUCACCUAAAGCUAAAAAUACAACCACUAAAAAUCAUAACAAAUCUAAUACAACUAAGUCAAAAGCAAAAUCAAAACAAACUACAUCAAGAAAGCAAAAUGCAUGGACCAACAGCAAAAAAAAAAAAGAAGUUACAAAUACAGCACUGCAUAAUCUAAGGUAUCGUUUGGGAGCUCACAAAUGUAUUGAGUGUUACUCGGAAAUAAAAGAUUUUGCAAGCCAUUUUCCUGCCUAUGUCCACUGUAGCUUAUGCAGAUACAACACGAGCUGUAGCAAAGCCUAUGUGAAUCACAUGAUGAGUUUUCACAGUGCUCGUCCAAGUAAAAGAUUUUGGAUCUAUAAGAAGCAUUCAGAAGAGCUACGAGGUGUGACUGUAGUGUGUCUUAAUUGUGAUUUCCUGACUGAUGUUUCUGGCUUAGAUAGCAUGGCCACACAUCUGAGUGAAAGCCACACUCACACGUGUCAAGUUAUUAUAGAGAAAGUUUCUGUAGAUAUCCCAACUGCUGAACAAGUACCUGAAAAAUUUCAAGACCUAGUUUAUCUGAAGGAAAAACAGAAACACCAACUUUUGAAAGGUAAAUGCAAUGAUCAGCUGCAUCUUGAAAUCAGCAAACAAGAGCAUGACUCUUCAGAUGAAACAAAAGAAUGCAAUAAAAGUCAAACUAAAAAAGUUGCGUCAGUUGAAAAGAAUGAAGACUCAUCGUUGUCAAAUACAGAAAACGUUCCUAGUUUGGAACUCCCUGACAGCAGCUCAAAGAAUUCUUUGCAUGACAAAGGAGCAUAUUGUGAUUCAGAUAAUAACAAACAAUUAGUAGAUGAGAAACAAACAUACAUUCAUAAUGAAAGUGAGUUGAAAACUUGCCAAAGUUCAGAUAAUGUUAUCUUGAAUGAGCAGACUAAAGUACAUAGCUUGGAUGAAACUACACUUUCAGCAUUGAACGCAAGGGACUUAAAACUAACAUUGGGUGAGGAUGUUAGUUUUGAGCAGUUCUUGAGAAAAAGAGAUGAACCUGAAUCCGUUAGUUCAGACAUUAGUGAGCAAGGCAGUAUUCAUUUGGAGCCUUUGACUCCCUCAGAGGUACUCGAGCAUGAAGCUACUGAAAUUCUUCAAAAAGGUAAUGUUGCACCGUCAUCAAAGCAAGCUGGACAACUCUCUGAACAAACAGAUGAGACUUCUAAAGAAAGCAGUCCCAACAGAAUGGAAACAGCUGUAAACAAGACAGAUGAAAAUGAAGCAAGCUGAAAUUAUGUUAAAUUUAUUGUUUGUUAUAAACAAUGGUAAGAACACCAUGGACCAUUCCUGAUGAGUGUGCUCAUGGGUGCUAAUUAUUAAAAAUUUUAAAAAAGCGGGUGGGGAGAGUGAGGAGAGGAAAAGACACUAAGGGGGAAGUUCUGCGUAUGAAGAUAGCAUGUAUGUGUAUGUACAACUGAAUUAACUGAAUUUACAGAAGAUAACACAUUUUAAUAUACUUCCUGUCUCUUAGAUAUCAUAUCUUAUUACAUGGACAUUUGAAACGAGGAAUAAAUUCUAAUUUUUAUAGUUAACUAGCCUGGGAUAAGGUGAUUUGUUUGCCAAGAAAAUAUUUUUUUAAAACCUUCAGUGUGAAUAUCAUUGAAGAGUGGAAUUCCGUAUGAAUUCACUUCUGAUGCUGAAAUGGAGCACACUUGUAAUGAUGGUUAUUGGUUUGCUGGUAAUUUGGAUAAACAUAAACCUUUGGACUUGGUGUCACAUUCCUGUCUGUAAAAGCAUGUAAACAGAAUUAUAUGAAUCUAUGCACCUCUGUACAGGUGUAAUCCUGCCAGGCUGUAAGCUUACCUUAAUAAACUUUCAGUGAAAGUGGAAUUAUUACAAUAAAAAUAUAUAUUUGUGGGGUUUUCAGUGUGCAGGCUGUGCAGAAAUACCGAAUAUAAUUGUAUGAAGUAGAACAUACUGCUGAAAGUACUGUAGCUGUUAGGCUUUUACCAUUGCUUUAAUUAUUCUUAGCCGUAGACCCAUAGGAAUGGUCUGUAAGUCACACCAAAGUAUGGUUUAAUGUAAAAACUGUUUUAAGCAAAACGAAGGAAAACCCCAAACUGGAAACACCAAUUGGCAUGCACUCUGCCAUUUUGCAGCUGCUACUGGCUAACUGUUACAAAAAGGACACAAGGACAUAUAAAGUAGAAUUGUACAGUUCAAUUUCAGGACUUUUUGUAGUCUAAAUUGUGUACAGAAAGAUGGCUGCUGAUUUUGGUUUGUUUUUUUGAUUUUUUUUUUGUCUUCUAGUUAGCAGCUAGAUGUAGGAAUGCAUAUGCUUAAUGGUAGCUUGCUCUUAGGACUUCAUUUCUCCAUUUGAAACAUUCAGAAUGUGCUUUUGACUUACAGUUUUGUUUCUAAUGAAUGUUAAAUGUUUUGAACAGCUGUUAAAGUACUGCUGUAAAUUAUUACUUUUUGAGUAAAUAUUUGCAACAAAAUUUUGUCUUUGUGCAUAAUUUUAUGCUCAUCUUGAAACUUUGGGCAUAGUCUUCCCACAUUUUUUUAAAAAAGCUUUACUGUCAGUUCCCAAAAACUGUUUCAUUGUAAAAUUGUGAGUUUGAGACUUAUAUGGGUUUUUUUGGCUGGUUGGUUUUGGGUUUUUUUAGAAUUAAAUGAGCAAGUGCCUAUGCAUAAACAUAUUUUUGUAGCACUGUACUGUGGUAAAAAGUGGUAAUUUUUCCAGAUUAUAUAGAGAUUUUUCUGGGCUGUCAGCAUGCAACUGAAGUCUACUUUGUCCUCCUAGGUUAACUGGGCUCAGCUGCUAAAUGAGUCUAAACAGCAACAGUACUAAAAUUUAGAGACCAUCUAGCUUGUUUUUGGAGCCUCUAAAAAAACCACGUUAAUCUGAACAUCUCAAAAAUUGCUUCAAACUCUAAAGAGGUAUAUGACUUAAAUUUUGAAUUGCACCUUAGUUUUCAUCCACACAGGUUUAGAAGACUUUUCAAAAGAAAAGUGGAACAGUUUACUUAGUCACAGCUCUUCAAGAUUUACUGCUUUUAAGAACUUCAAAUAACAAGACACGUGAAAAAGCUGAGAGCAGUAACUUGUAGUAUUCUUUUGUUCUUUAAAGAUUUUAGUGAAAUUGUUAACUCUAAGUUAACAGUCUGAUGUCUUCAUGCAUAUAUACAUGGAAGAUGUAUAACUAGAUGAACUAAAAUUCAUUACAGUUUUUCCCAUGUUAGGUAAUGCAUUUGCUGAAUAAACACUGUAGGAGACUGCAUAA